AUGUUCCGCCACAAGCCUGUUGGCCUGCCCAAAAACAAAGCAACUAAGCCAGACUUUGCCCCGACAGAUUCACUCUCAUCCUCGGGGUACUUUAACCGCAACGUACGGUGCCGUGCGGAUGGUACCGGGUCCUGGAUCUUCGACACGCCCGAGUAUAACUCAUGGCAUGACGGUGACUUGCAGAAUGUCCUUGUGAUUGAUGGCCCAUCGGGCACAGGCAAAUCUGUCCUAGCGGCGUCUAUCAUGGACAGGCUCCAAAAGACGGAGGGCGAUGUUCCACUUCUUUUCUUCUUCUGCCCUCGGAGGGUUCAUGCUCCUCAAGUCAAAAAUUCUUGCAGAAAGAGCUUGUCUUUUACCCUUGUUCGACACUGGCUUGCUCAGGCGUUCAAACUCGUACCAGAUCUGGAGGAUAAAGUUCGUGAUCUGGUGGAAAAAAGACAAAGGCUUUUGCCGGGUGAGGAGUGGAAGUGGAAACAUUUGAACGAUGUGGACCUCAUGCAACUUUGGGGGCUGUUGAUUGAGGCAAUCGAAGCUAUCCCCAAGCUUUACUGUGUGAUUGACGGCAUCGAUGCCUUCCAAGAUUCAGAAGAUACGGAGUUCUUGAAAGAAUUGCUCAGCUGGAAGGAUCUACAUUCUGGCAACGUUAAGCUAUUGUUCACGAGCAAUUCCGUUGCGCCUAUUGAAAAUGAGAUCCGUUUGGACAUGGACAACGAGCUUGUGCAUCAAGACGUUUGCGCAUUCUUGAGCAACGAGGUGGAGACCCUUGAUGUGCCGGAUGAUACAAAGUCACAGAUCCGAGAUGCAUUUAGUGGAAGGUCGUUCCUCUACACCCGUCUCGGGCUUUUUGUCAUCCAGCAAGAUAGCGAUGUCAUGGCUAUUUCGCAAUUCCUGGACGAGCUUCCACCAACGCUGUACGGACUGUACGAUCUCAUUCUGAAGCGAUGCAGCACUGGCUCAUAUGUGCCCUCAGAGUAUCGGCGAACGAUUCUAUCUCUGACCCUCUACCCUGCCCGUCAGCUUCGCCGUCUAGAAAUAUUUGCCGCUCUCGAAGUGGUGUAUGGAUCUGAAGCAAAGGACCAAAAUGUGAUCCAGUCAGCCUUCGGCCCACUGCUAGAGAUCUUCGGUAAUGGCACCAUGACCAUUCUUUGGGAGUCUUUCAUUUCGUUCAUACACGAUGAGAGUCGAAGCUCUGAAAGCCUGGCCUUGAUCCCUGUCAUUUCAUCAGAUGAUGCACACCAGGAACUGGUGGCCAUCUCCAUGAAGGUGUUGAUGGGCAAGUUCCAUGAAGACAAGAAGCUCGAGGAUAUCAACAAAUUCGACAAGUGGAGCAUUGCAAAUGGAUCCCAACCUUUCCUGGAUUAUGCAGCAUCGAAUUGGUUUCUCCAUACCCGAGAGAUUCGAAUAGUCACAGGUGACACACGAGAACUACUCCUGAGGUGGUUUGGAGAGCGGAAAGAGUGUGUACAUCGCUGGACCGAGGAAAUGUGCGCUCCUAACUCGGAGGCCUUCGACUCUAUCACGCCUAUUCACAUUGCAGCUUGGACAGGAGCUGUGAGCAUGAUCGAGCUUGCGGUGGAGGCAGGUUGUUCGUACAACGAUACAAUGAAUGAUGGAACUUUGCCACUGUCUAUAGCGACCAUGUAUGGACACGAAGACGUAGUCACCCAUCUCCUAUCUCGAGGUGCGGACCCGAAUUUGAUCGACCGAGAUGGUGACAAUGCAAUCGACGUAGCUGUUCGUCGGAAUCAUCUCAAAAUAGUACAGAUACUGAUUCAAGCCGGCGCAAAUGUCAACAUGACCGAAGAAGAACAGAAAAGAACCCAUCAAAAACGGAGAGACCGCUCAUCAGGAGCAUGCGAUCAGUCCUACCCGCGACGAACGUCUGCUUUCUCAAAGGCUUUGGGGGCCCGAAACAUGGAGAUGAUCCGCUAUUUGAUCCCAUUGGCGAAGAACCCGCACGACUUCGCAAGCGGGAUGGAUACUGCUGCCACCGAUGGGAAUAUCCCCAUGCUAAAACUCCUCCUGACCUCGCCGUUGGCGAAUGUGAACGGCAAAUGGUCCAGGGACACCCCUUUAUUCCGAGCCGGGCUUCCUCACCAAUACGAAACGAUGAAAUUCCUUCUCGAAAACGGUGCGGAUCCUAACAUAGCGUCGAGAGGACUGCGCUCUCAAGGCUGCGUGAUGGUUAGUUGGAGUCCGAAUGAUCCAGACUCUAUUCCUCUGCAUGCCGUGGCCGGGUUCUGCGUUGGUGGCCAGAGACAUUGGCGCCGUAUUGAUGAAGAGCGCCUUGAAAAUGCGCGCAAGUGCUGCCAACUACUGUUGGAUGCGGGCAGUAAUGUGAAUGCUCAAGGGAACCGCCACCAGACUCCUCUUCACAUCAGUGUAUCCAGGAACCUUACCACAGUGACUGAGCUUCUUCUACAACACGGUGCAGACCCAAGUAUCACGGAUGAACGAGGAAACACUGUAUUUGACUCACUUAGUGGAAACGAUGAAUCUCUUGCCACUAUUGAGAUCUUGGCCAAGUAUGGACUUAAGUUGGACGAGCCUCGUGGCCCCAAGAGAGUUAUCCCUCUGUUCUCAAUGUUAUUGCGCAAGAGGGGCUUUUGUGAGGAACUAGAUCCAUUGAAGCUGGCUCCAUUUGUGAAUAAUUGGAACGUCACGGACGAGAAUGGAAACAAUAUCUUGAACCUGAUGAUCAACUCGAAUUUUGCUUCGGAACCUAAGUUCAUCUCGAAGCUUGUGCAACUCGGGUGUGAUCCCCGACGAAAGAACAAAGAUGGUCUUGAGCCUUUGCACAGGCUCUGCCAAUAUUACUCUUUGAACGGAGCAGACAAAGCUGAUGCAGUCGGUCAGAUCCUCAUCGAUGCUGGCGGUGAUAUCGAAGCAAAAGAUGCCAAGGGCUGCACGCCCUUCCACCAUCUAGUGCAAACACUGAGAAAUCGCUCCCAUGAGGAUCAAGUGCUCAUACCAAGAUUUGUCCGCACAUUUGGUGUUAAUGUUAAUGCGGUUGAUGAAGAUGGAAACAGCGCACUGCAUAUGCUUUUCCAGGGAGAGCCUUCCGAAGUUGUGAAGGACCUAGUGUUCAACUUAGGUGCAGACGGCCGGGCGACAAAUCAGGCGGGUGAGAACCUCAUGCAUGUCUUGAUGAGAAGCAGUCUCGCUGAGAAGACUGCUAUUCCUGUUGAAUGGGUCCAGGGACUCGCGGAGUAUGGGAUUUCCAGCACUCAUCAAGAUCAGAAUGGGAAUACUCCACUCCAUGUUUUAUGCCAGACCCGACUGAGCCCCAAAGCCAAGGGGCAGCCUCAAGAAACCACCUGGCCUUCCGAUGAGGCAGUCGAUCUCCUAAUUUCUCUUGAUAAUGGUCUAAGUCUUGAAAUGGAGAACCACCAAGGUUUGCGUCCGAUUCAUUCUGCUGUCGCAAACAACAAGCUACUCGUGGCAAAACUCGUUUCAAAGGGUGCUUCCACGUCUACCACCAUCAAAACUGGACAGAACAUUCUUCACAUUGCUGCCUCAGCUCGAGAGGGAGAUGUAGUUGGGUUCAUGUUGGAGCAUUUCUGCAAGAACGAAAACAUUGGUCUUUUCUUAAACCAGUCCGAUGAGAAUGGAUGUACACCAUUACAUGCAGCUUGCAAGGUUGGAUCUCACGAAAGCGUCCGCCUCCUCGUGGAAGCCGGAGCGAAGCUUGACAGUCUUGACAAAGCCGGCCGCACACCCUUGGAUACAUGCAAGGAGUUGCUCGACGAAGUGGUGAAGAACAGUGGAGAGUCCUUGGACAGAGGCCUUUCAUUUCACUAUUAUCCCUACCAGGAUGGUGAGUUUGGCUCUGAGUCUAAUCCUCAAACAAAUGAUGGAGGACAGAUGAUGGAAAUUAUCUACUUCCUCGGACAGGCCAUGGGUGAAUCGCCAAACCUGAAAGGGGACUAUAUGCCUGACACCAAUGCUAAGGUCUACGCCCGCUCUUGCUAUACACCAGCUAUCAGGAAAGGCGAUUACGGCGUGUUCCAGAAAUGUAUUGAGCAAGGAACAACAUUUACUCCAACGAAUAAUAAAGGGAUACUUGAUCCUCUCACUAUCGUUGUGGAUGGUGGCUAUGUCUUCCUGUUUGACUUGAUCGCUCAGUCAUUCCCAGGCAACACAUCUUUCGUGGGAACCGAGGUUGUGGCACCGUAUUUCAUGACAACUGUCGCCAGAACACAGCCAAAUAUGCCAAUUUUGCGACUCCUUGUGGAAAAGUUUGGAGCCGACGUAAACAUGCGAAAGAGCGGUAGCACUACCAUCUGGAACGGUAAGCACGGCGCCUGUGAAUAUGGCGCCUUGCAUAUCUUUGCUCGAGGCUAUAUCUGGUGGCACAAAGAAGCACUCAAGUACCUGCUGGCAAAGGGAGCUGAUCCAGACCUGAAAGAUGGCAGGGGGAGAACACCUCUGCAAUUGACCGUGAAAAGUGCAUAUCAUGGUGCAUACAUGAGCAAAGAUAUCAUGAGGAUAUUGCUGGAUAAUGGCGCCAACCCCAAUCUCACAGACGAGCAUGGAAUUUCGCCAUUGGACGAGAAGAUCAAGGACCCUGAGGUAACUGAACUUCUUGUUCGCUACGGAGGCAAACCAAACCGUCCCGAUCGCUCGUCCACCCUUUGCAAGGCCGUCACAGACCGGGAUCUUCAAGGUGUUCGGGAUAUCUUGGAGUGGGGACAGGAUCCUAACGUACUCCCACCCGAGGAGCCUAAAAAAUCGGAUUCAUCGAAUCAAGCAGGCGGAUCGAGCAAAAGACGACGAGUAAAUCUUUUUGGUAUGGGCAGAAUCCACCAAGAUCGCCCCCAGGGAUAUCCGCUCGAGCUCGCCGUAACAGGCAUCUUCGACGAAAACCGCGCUCGCGAGGCCUUACCUAUCGUUAGACUUCUGCUAGAACACGGUGCCGACCCUUUCAAGCAAAGUAAACGCAACGAGCAAACAACGAUUCUGCAUCAACUCCUUCAAGAAUCGGAAAGCUCGGAAAUAUGUGAGGCAGUUCUCGACCAGGCUGGCUUAGACCUCGAGACUCGCGAUUCAUUUGGAAAUACGUUAUUUCUCGCAGCUUGCAAGAACUAUGAAGAGAGAUGGAGGCGUCUUAAUGACGAGCCGAGGAUUAUGCGAUGCGUGACUCUUCAGCGAAGGGGUGCUGAUAUCCGUGCCACGAAUGACAAGGGAGAAAAUGCGCUGCAUGUCUUUGCAUCCCUUCCGGGCAAAUAUAAAGAUGAAGAGGAGAGAAAAUCGGCAAUGUCUGCGUUGAUUUGCAGGUGUCCUGAAUUAGUCCAUCAGCGGAACAAAGAUGGCUUCACGGCUUUCCAGACUACUUGGAAAAGCAAUGCUUUGGACUGGACUUGGCAGAUUCUUCUUGAUGGAGGCGCUGAUUUUAUGGCGCCGGAUCCAGAUGGGAACACCGUGCUUCAUGCCACCUUAAAACUGUCUCAGAACAGGAAGAAAUGGUUCAAGCACUUCCUGGACUCAGGUAUGGAUUUGAAUUCUCAGAAUAAAGAAGGCGAGACAUCACUAUUCGCUUGGGCAAGACACCCACAGUCUCUGGUGGAAGACACGGAUCAGUUGGAAUUGACAGGCCAGGAGGAAGCGAAAGGACCGUUUCCCAGAACUAUCUAUUUCCUGAAACAGGCGGGCUUUGACUUCCACGUUGUCAAUGUCCAUCGGCAAAACCUACUGCAUGUUAUUGCCCAGGCUGCUGUUCCGAAGGGGAGAUAUAGGGAGACAGCCCUGGGAGCAAGGCUCAUAUAUUUCAAGGAGUUUGUUGAAUACGGGUUGGAUCCUUUGGCUCAAGAUAAGAAGGGAUGGUCUGCGUUGGUAGGUUAA